AGACCAGAUAAAAUGGCUAAGUGUUGUGUUGUGGCGGCGUUAGCAUUCUGUUGGUUUAGCUAACCUACAUCACCAGUCACCAUUAAUUCUUCUGUUAUGAUUUUGUUUCUCUGCUGCUGCAGUGAACCUGAAACGUUGGUGAAUCAGAGGAGACCUCUGUCUCUGUCACAGUUAUGGGGGCAUUAAUAUCUCGAUGGAAGACCAAACAAACCACAGUUGAGGAGCUGGAGAACCUGGAGAAGGAGAUUAAGAAGUUGGAGGAGUUCAGAGGCAAAAAUCAGCGAUUACAAAAACUCUGGGUCGGUCGCUUGCUUCUUUACUCGUCUGUCCUUUACCUGUUCACUUCUUUCACCGUUUACUGUCUCUACCUACCUGAUGAAUGGCUACAGAGACUAGCCAUGGUCCUGCCUUUCUUUAUAUACCCCAUACUUGUGUGGUUCAUCAGGAAGCUGCUGCUUUUCCUGUUUUCCAAACUUACUGAGAGAAAUAAUGAUAAACUUGAAGAUCUGAAAGCUUGCAGGAAAAAAAUUCUGGAGGAAGUGAUGGAAACAGAGACAUACAAGACUGCGAAACUCAUCCUCGAACGCUUUGAUCCUGAAGCUAAAAACAGACAUGGACUGGAGUUGACACCAGUGGGUCCUCAGCUAACUCCCAGACCUGGUCAAGCAGAAAUUCGUCAAAGGGGUGCAGGUAUGAGACCGAUGGGCUCCUCGGAUGUCAUGGGAACACCUCUCUCUCCAGGAACACGGCCUCAGAUGGGACCAGUGGCUCCAGGAGGACCUCCAGAGAAAUCCACCCCCAGCACUUCUAUGCUCCAGGGAGGUGUGGAGAGGACACCCUGUACCCCGAUUAGAGGUGUAGGUAUGUACUCCCCUGGUCCUCCAUUACCAAGACCUAUUCUACCCAGAGAAAGAGGAACAGUUGACCGAGUCAUCGAGUAUCUGGUGGGAGACGGACCAGAGAAAAGAUAUGCCUUGAUCUGCCAGCAGUGUUUCUCUCAUAACGGCAUGGCUUUGAAAGAAGAAUUUGAAUAUCUUGCAUUCCGCUGCGCAUACUGCUACUUCCUGAACCCGGCCAGGAAGACUCGACCUCAGGCUCCUAGACUCCCUGAGUUCAGCUAUGAAAGGAGGCUGAGAGUGGAUCCGUGCUCUCCUGGACCGUCGCUUUGCUUAGAGACGGACACGGAGGAGACCGCUGCCCCCAGUGGAGCUGAGGAAGACGUGGGUCUGGAUGACAGGGACUCUGAGGAAGAGAAGAAGAACGUACCGGAGGGGAAUCGGCAGGAGAAGGAUGAUAAAGCAAUUAAAGAAGAGGAGAAGGAGCUAGACCAGAGGCAGAAUGAAGAACAUCCGGCAACCUAAAGAGCGUCGAGAUAAACCAGAUGAAGAGCAGCCAUGACAGAUGGCUUCCAUGGCAACACAACGCUGAAGAGCACUUUUUCUUCCAACAGGAUUGGCUAAAAUAACAUGGGUUUGGUGGUAAUGUGAUUUUAGGUUUACUACAUGGGUGAAAGGUGAAGAUUCAGGCUCAUUAUUGAUCCUGUCAGUGAUGCUUUCUGGGAAAUCAAACCUUCGUCUUUCAUUUAGGAUAUUUGAAGAUUUCCACAAUAAAAUCAUUUUAGGUUUAAAUUUGUAGAAUACUGAAGAGUUGCUGAUACAACUGAUUCUGACCAUUCAGUUUUAACGAUCCACAUAGGAUUUGAUCUCAAACCUGUUAUGAUGCAGUUAUCAUAACUCAUUUAGUCUAUUUAAUGAAACUUUUAUAUUUAGUGAACUGCAGUGACUCCAUGUGGAAAGUUAAGGCCAUUAACAUUAAUACAUCCACUAUUUGGGAUUAUGUUUAAGACAAAUGCAUGCCUUUGAUUUAAUUCUGCUGAAAUAACUUAUUUUCUACAUUAUUUCAUAAUAAAAUGAGCUAUAGAAUAUUUUUUAAAUGUUUCUCGACUUGGUUUAGGAGGGAACUUUUAGGGUCCUCUUACUUCACCGUGAGGGUCAAAUGAAUUUUUUUUAUUGUUUUCGAGUCGACCUAAACAUAAUUUGGUAUUUUAUAGAUGUAUCUCAGAAAAUUAGAACAUUGUCAGGAAACUGGACGUUCAUUUCAGAGACUUAAAUUCUUAUGGAUUCAUUAAACGUGGAGAUACAUUUUUUAUGAUAAAAACUCUUAAGUGCAGUGUCUCAAAGAGUUAGAAUAUCACAUAAGAUCAAUUAAAAAAAUAUUUAAACAGGAAUAUCCGGAUUCUGAAAAGUUCCCUUAAGGUCCCACCAGCUUUUCGAUCUUGACUUUGACUGGACUGUUGGACCACAUUGCUUCUCUUCUGUUUCAUACUGCUGUGUUUUGUCGUGUUGACCCAGUUCAGGCCCUGUUCAGACUGGUUGUCUCACGUCUGAGUCCAAAACCCUUUGAUAUGAAGAUGAGCUCCAAAAUGAAUCUAAUACAGCUAUUUCCUCUUAACAAUUCUAAGGUAAUUGCUGAUUUGUCUCCUCAUUGGCCUUGACACAAAGAAGAGAAAACACUCAAAAUCCAUAUUCUUAAAGCAAUUCUCCCGUUAAUAAUCAGUUAAUCAAUUAGGACGUCAUGGCUAAUUGACGUCCUUUGUCUCUGGCACCUUGUGGAAGCAGCAGGGUUUGUAGUCGAGCUUUUAUUUGUCAUACAGGUUUGUUUUUUUUUCCGGUUUGGCUUCGAUAUUCAUUUCACUCUUCAAUUCUGUGUUGAUGUUUUUUGUCUUUUUUAACACAUUUCUGCAGGUGUUUAGAAAUUUUAGAAACUUGUAAACAUUAUUUUAUGACGUUUUAAUACACAAAACUGGAAGUGAAAGAAUGUACUGUGAUUGUACAUAUUUAGAGAAAGUUGUUGGAUUUUAGUUCAGAAACUCAGUAAAGGUGGCGUUUUAUGAGCUGUGGUAAUGAAAUCGAACCUCUUUGUGCUUGAAGAACUUUCAUUCAUAUUUAUGCUCAUUCAGAGGACAAUUUGCCAAAUGUUUGUUUUUUCUGUAUUGUGUUAAUUUAUUUGUGUUAUAUUUUUGUUUAUAUUUCCAGUCUGCGUUUCCUGUGCUGGUCCUAACCGUUUCAAAGAGCAGCUUGCCAUUGUGACUGUUUACUGCUGUUUUUAAACCCAAACCUCUCUUUUACCAUUUGUUACAGUUUACAGUUUAACUUCAUCAUUUGAAUGUUUCUAAGAGAGUACUUCAUGAAUUUUAGCUUUGCUAUUUGCAGAAAGUCAUUGUUACUUCAUUGAUUUAAAAAAAAAAACCUGAAUAGGGAUUUCUGAAAACUUAGCAAUAUUCCUUCAUUUUACGUACCCUCGCUGAUCGAUGAGUCAUUCCCUGAAUGCUGCCAUUAGGAAAGAGCUUUUUUAGUAAAAUGCACGUUAGCAGGAGAAGCUUUAAAUUAAAGGCUGUUACUGAGUAAAUUAUAACUUUAAUCAAGCUCUUUACUGUAUAUUUCAGUUACUUUUGCUUGGUUAAUUUAUUGGUACAUUUUUUGAUUGCAAAUCCAAAACAUUUUCAACAGAAGAGAAAAACAAACUUUAUUUUGUCUCAAUACAUCCAGUGUUUUUCAUCUGU